AUUUUGUUAGAUCGGACUUUUGACAGAGUGGUCAGACAAAGCAGAACCUCUAGGGCUUUCAUCUCAAUCAAAACAACGUGAAAAAAUCCCAAAAGUUCACGAACUCUUCCAUUUCCGGAUUAUUCAAUCAAAACCCGAGAAAUCCGAUAAUUUUGUUGGAACCUUUCGAUGCAAUCCAGCAUUUUUUUCACAUCUAUUGAAGUUUCGAUGAGAAUUAAGCUUUUGGAUUUCGUAGUGAAAUCUAAUUUCUGCGAGUUGGACGGUCGGUGAAAGCCGCGAAGGAAUCCGAACCGUCGGAAGCGCUGGGGGCGAAUCAGUCUCGUCAGGGCCCGCCGUCGGGCUUGGGAUUCUGGUUCUUCCUCCGCCCGAAUGCACGCAAGACUCACUACCUCGAAUUCCUUCCCCAGAUGGAUUUCGUCAGCCGCCACGCGUCCGCCGAUCACCACAGCCACCCCCCGCAGAACGACUCCUCAUCGUCCUCGUCUCCUGUGCCCGCCCCACCCGAAGAGCUCGAGUACCUGGCCCGGUACGUGGUGGUGAAGCACUCCUGGCGUGGGCGAUACAAGCGAAUUCUCUGCAUCUCAAACUCUGCGAUUGUCACUCUUGAUCCAACGACUCUUUCUGUCACGAAUUCGUAUGACGCUGGCAGUGAUUACGAGGGGGCUGUACCAGUACUGGGCCGGGAUGACAAUUCACAAGAGUUCACAAUAAAUGUACGGACGGAUGGUCGUGGCAAGUUCAAAGGAAUGAAGUUCUCCUCGAGAUUUAGGGCGAGCAUCUUGACCGAAUUGCAUAGGAUCCGGUGGAGCAGAAUUGGGGCUGUAGCAGAGUAUUCUGUUCUUCAUCUUCGGCGGAGGAAUUCAGAGUGGGUCCCUUACAAAUUGAAGGUUACUGCAAUUGGAGUUGAACUCCUCGACGGAAAAUCUGGAGACAUGCGGUGGUGCUUGGAUUUUAGAGACAUGGAUUCGCCUGCUAUUAUACUUCUGUGUGACAACUAUGGCAAAAAAAGUGCUGAAGGUGGAGGUUUUGUUCUUUGCCCCUUGUAUGGAAGAAAAUGUAAAGCUUUUACAGCUGCCUCAGGGACCACAAAUGCUACCAUUAUAUCAAAUGUGACUAAAGCUGCAAAAUCCAUGGUUGGUGUGUCAUUAUCUGUGGACAGUUCUCAAUCGAUGAGCACUGCAGAGUUUAUUAAGAAAAGGGCCAAAGAGGCAGUUGGAGCGGAUGAAACUCCAUUUGGAGGGUGGUCCGUGACGAGGUUGCGAUCUGCUGCUCAUGGAACUGCUAACGUUUUGGGCCUGAGUUUGGGAAUUGGGCCUAAGGGAGGACUUGGGGAGCAAGGCGAUUCUGUAUCUCGUCAACUCAUUCUCACAAAGGUUUCACUUGUUGAAAGGUGCCCAGAGAACUAUGAGGCUGUAAUUGUUCGCCCUUUAUCUGCUGUAAGUUCUCUUGUUCGAUUUGCUGAAGAGCCACAGAUGUUUGCUAUAGAGUUCAACGAUGGCUGUCCCAUUCAUGUUUAUGCGAGCACAUCUCGUGAUAGCUUGCUUGCUGCAGUUCGGGAUGUUUUGCAAACGGAAGGUCAGUGCCCGUUCCCUGUAUUGCCAAGGUUGACCAUGCCUGGUCAUCGUAUUGAUCCUCCUUGUGGAAGAGUUUAUUUGCAACUCCAAAGAUUGCCUGGUGGACAACAACGCCCUGUUGCUGAUAUGGAGAGUGCAUCCAUGCAUUUGAAACAUCUAGCUGCAGCUGCCAAAGAUGCUGUGGCCGAAGGGGGAUCGGUUCCUGGGUCAAGAGCUAAAUUAUGGCGCAGAAUAAGGGAGUUCAAUGCAUGUGUACCAUAUAUUGGAGUGCCUCCUAACAUAGAAGUGCCGGAGGUUGCCCUGAUGGCCUUAAUCACAAUGCUCCCGGCAACCCCAAACCUUCCUCCAGAGUUACCUCCCCCGCCACCCCCUUCACCCAAAGCAGCUGCAACAGUAAUGGGCUUCAUUGCAUGCUUACGCAGGUUACUUGCAUCAAGAAGUGCAUCUUCACAUGUGAUGUCGUUUCCUGCUGCUGUUGGGAGAAUAAUGGGGCUACUCAGAAAUGGUUCAGAAGGUGUGGCGGCGGAAGCUGCAGGGCUUGUUGCUGUACUUGUUGGAGGCGGUCCCGGUGAUUCAAAUAUGUUGAUGGAUUCAAAGGGAGAGCGUCAUGCAACAUUUAUGCACACGAAAUCUGUGUUAUUUGCUCAUCAGAACUAUGUUACAAUUCUAGUCAAUCGGCUAAAACCUAUGUCCGUGUCACCUUUGCUGUCAAUGUCUGUUGUGGAAGUUCUUGAGGCCAUGCUUUGUGAGCCCCAUGGGGAAACUACUCAGUACGCCACUUUUGUUGAAUUAUUACGGCAAGUGGCUGGUUUGCGGCGUCGUUUGUUUGUAUUGUUUGGACAUCCUGCUGAAAGUGUAAGAGAAACGGUGGCCGUGAUCAUGCGUACCAUUGCUGAGGAAGAUGCAAUUGCAGCGGAGUCCAUGCGUGAUGCUGCCUUGCGAGAUGGUGCGCUGUUGAGGCACUUGCUGCAUGCCUUUUUUCUUCCUGCUGGUGAGCGGCGUGAUGUUAGUCGACAGCUUGUUGCUCUUUGGGCAGAUUCUUACCAACCUGCUCUGGAUUUGCUAUCAAGAAUUCUUCCUCCUGGUCUUGUUGCAUAUUUACACACUCGGUCUAAUGGGGUCUUGCCUGAAGAUGCACAAAACCAGUCUAAUCAAGAGGGGCCUUUAACUAGGAGAAGACAAAGGCGCAUACUUCAGCAGAGGAAGGGUCGAGUUUUGAGAGGCAUUGCUUCUCAUGAUCAUCCUCCUUCCACUAACAAUGCUGAAGUUGGCGAUUUAGCAAAGCAGAUAGGUGCUGGUGCUUCUCGGGGAGUAGAAAACUAUCAAAAUUCUUCCGUGGAUUCGAAUUCUGGACAGGUUCCAGCUCAAUCUUCUGGUCUUCCUGGAGGAAACCUGACCAGUGAAUCUUCCUCUUCGGGGGCUGUUCUUCAUACUGAUUCUCCUGGUGCUGUUGGUUCUGCCGGUGCUCUGACACCGGCUGUGGAUCCAAAUGCUUCAGAUUCGCUUGACUCUGAUGCCAAUAUGGUCGAUUCCCCAAAUUCAGGCCUCCCUGCCCCUGCCCAGGUUGUUGUGGAGAGCACACCUGUGGGAUCUGGUAGACUACUGUGUAACUGGCCAGAAUUUUGGCGAGCAUUUGGCCUUGACCACAAUCGUGCAGACUUGAUAUGGAAUGAGCGUACGAGGCAAGAACUGAGGGAGUCCUUACAAGCUGAGGUUCAUAAAUUAGAUGUUGAGAAGGAACGUACUGAAGACAUUGUUCCUGGUGGUGUCAUUACUGAUGCUGUGUCUGGGCAAGAGAAUGUACCUCAAAUAUCUUGGAACUACUCUGAAUUUUCAGUUAGCUACCCCAGCUUAGCAAAAGAAGUGUGCGUGGGUCAAUAUUACCUGCGUUUGUUGCUCGAAAGUGGUAGCAGUGGCCGGGCUCAGGAUUUCCCACUACGUGACCCAGUUGCAUUCUUUAGGGCAUUAUAUCAUCGAUUCUUAUGUGAUGCAGACGUAGGGCUUACCGUUGAUGGUGCUGUUCCUGAUGAAUUGGGAUCAUCUGAUGAUUGGUGUGAUAUGGGGAGGUUGGAUGGUUUUGGAGGAGGUGGAGGUUCUUCAGUUAGGGAACUUUGUGCAAGAGCAAUGGCAAUUGUGUAUGAGCAGCAUCAUAAAACGAUAGGCCCUUUUGAUGGUACUGCUCAUAUCACAGUUUUGUUGGAUAGGACUGGUGAUCGAGCUUUGAGACACCGCUUACUUCUUCUUCUAAAGGUACUAAUGAAAGUUCUAUCAAAUGUAGAGGCAUGCGUCUUGGUUGGGGGAUGCGUAUUAGCUGUAGAUCUUCUGACUGUAGCUCAUGAAGCAUCUGAAAGGACAUCUAUUCCUUUGCAAUCUAAUUUGAUUGCCGCCACUGCUUUCAUGGAGCCUCUAAAGGAAUGGAUGUUUAUUGACAAGGAUGGUGCCCAAGUUGGACCACUGGAGAAGGAUGCCAUAAGAAGGUUCUGGUCAAAGAAAGCCAUUGAUUGGACAACCAGGUGCUGGGCUUCUGGGAUGCUUGACUGGAAGAGAUUGCUUGACAUCCGUGAGCUCCGUUGGGCACUGGCAGUUCGUGUUCCUGUUCUCACUCCAACCCAGAUAGGUGAGGCUGCACUGCUUAUUUUGCAUAGCAUGGUAUCUGCACAUUCUGAUCUAGAUGAUGCUGGAGAGAUAGUAACCCCAACACCGAGAGUAAAACGGAUAUUAUCAAGUCCCCGGUGUCUUCCACAUGUUGCGCAGGCCAUGCUCACUGGGGAACCAAGUAUUGUGGAGGGAGCUGCCUCUUUGCUGAAGGCCAUUGUAACUAGAAAUCCGAAGGCAAUGAUACGUCUGUACAGCACAGGCGCGUUUUACUUUGCCCUGGCUUAUCCCGGAUCUAAUCUCCAUUCAAUUGCACAGCUCUUCUCUGUGACACAUGUGCAUCAAGCAUUCCAUGGUGGUGAGGAUGCAGCGGUAUCUUCAUCACUGCCUUUGGCAAAGCGUAGUGUGCUGGGUGGGCUUUUACCUGAGUCCUUGUUGUAUGUGCUGGAGCGUAGUGGGCCAGCUGCAUUUGCUGCAGCAAUGGUUUCUGAUUCUGAUACACCAGAGAUCAUCUGGACGCAUAAGAUGCGUGCAGAACAUUUGAUUCGUCAGGUAUUGCAGCAUCUUGGCGAUUUCCCACAAAAAUUGUCACAGCAUUGCCAUUCUCUUUAUGAUUAUGCUCCUAUGCCACCCGUGACAUACCCAGAGCUAAGAGAUGAAAUGUGGUGUCACAGAUAUUAUCUUCGCAAUUUGUGUGAUGAGAUACGGUUUCCAAAUUGGCCAAUUGUCGAACAUGUAGAGUUUUUACAGUCAUUGUUGGUGAUGUGGCGUGAAGAGUUAACCAGACGGCCUAUGGAUCUUUCCGAAGAAGAAGCUUGCAAAAUAUUGGAGAUAUCCCUUGAAGAUGUUAUAUUGGUUAAGGAUGGUGAUGACAAGCAACCCAUUGAUAUGGAUGAAGAGACCUGUAACACUUCCAAGCAGAUCGAGAACAUUGAUGAGGAAAAGCUUAAACGGCAGUACAGGAAACUUGCAAUGAGAUACCAUCCUGAUAAAAAUCCCGAAGGAAGGGAAAAAUUUGUUGCUGUACAGAAGGCUUAUGAGCGCUUGCAGGCAACCAUGCAAGGAUUGCAGGGUCCUCAACUUUGGAGGCUGCUGCUUCUGUUGAAGGGACAGUGCAUUUUAUACCGGCGAUAUGGAAAUGUCCUGGAGCCUUUUAAAUAUGCUGGCUAUCCAAUGUUGCUCAGUGCAGUCACUGUGGAUAAAGAUGACAACAAUUUUCUUUCGUCUGAUAGAGUACCCCUCCUUGUUGCAGCCUCGGAACUCAUCUGGCUAACGUGUGCUUCUUCUUCAUUGAAUGGGGAAGAGCUUGUCAGAGACGGUGGAAUACCACUUCUGGCAUCACUUCUUUCUCGUUGUGUGUGUGUAGUUCAGCCAACUACUCCUGCAAACGAACCGGCUGCAGUAAUAGUUACUAAUGUGAUGCGCACAUUUUCAGUCUUGAGUCAGUUUGGUAGUGCCAGAGUUGAGAUGCUUAAGUUUGGGGGAUUAGUUGAGGAUAUCGUGCACUGUACGGAACUAGAGCUUGUACCUGCAGCUGUUGAUGCUGCUCUUCAAACUGCGGCACAUGUUUCUGUAUCAUCCAAAUUGCAAGAUGCUUUGCUGAAGGCUGGUGUCUUGUGGUAUCUUUUACCCCUGUUACUGCAGUAUGACUCUACUGCUGAGGAAACUAACGCGAUAGAGGCACAUGGUGUUGGUGCUAGUGUGCAAAUAGCCAAAAAUUUGCACGCUGUUCGUGCAUCUCAGGCCCUUUCAAGGCUUAGUGGUUUCUGUAGUGACGGAAUUUCUACACCCUGUAAUCAGGCUGUGGCCGAUGCUCUCAGGUCUUUGCUUACUCCUAAACUUGCCAGUAUGCUAAAAAAUGACUUCCCAAAGGAUCUUUUGUCUAGCCUGAACACAAACUUGGAGUCCCCAGAGAUCAUUUGGAAUUCGUCAACACGAGCAGAACUACUGAAAUUUGUGGAUCAGCAGCGUGCAAGCCAAGGCCCUGAUGGUUCAUAUGACUUGAAAGAGUCACAUGCUUUUGCAUAUGAAGCACUUUCUAAAGAACUUCAUGUUGGUAAUGUGUACUUGAGGGUAUACAAUGAUCAACCUGACUUUGAGAUAAGUGAGCCGGAGACUUUUUGUGUUGCUCUCCUGGAAUUUAUAUCAGAACUAGUACACAAACAGCGUGCUGCAGAUUCUGAUGCAAUGGACAGAUCUGUUUCCAAUGGUUCACUUUUGGAGUCAUCCAAAUCUCAAAAUGGCACAAUCGAUGGUCCUGUAGAUGAACAGAAACUUCCUGGUGAUUCUUUGACGGCCUCUGAUAGAGAGGGAGCAACCAAAGAGCACUGUGAAUUGGUUAAGAACCUUCAAAUUGGAUUGACUUCACUUAAGAAUCUACUGACAAGCAACCCCAGUCUGGCUGCUAUUUUCUCUUCAAAGGAGCAGCUAGUCCCCCUUUUUGAAUGUUUUUCUGUACCUGCUGCAUCAGAGAGCAAUAUUCCACAACUUUGCCUCAGCGUGCUUUCACUGUUGACUACAUAUGCUCCAUGUUUGGAGGCCAUGGUUGCGGAUCGGACCAGUCUUCUCCUUUUAUUACAAAUGCUGCACUGUUCUCCCACUUGUCGGGAAGGUGUUCUCCAUGUUCUCUAUGCAUUGGCAAGUACUCCUGAGCUUGGAUGGGCUGCAGCCAAGCAUGGGGGUGUUGUCUACAUUCUGGAGCUUCUUUUACCAUUGCAAGAUGAAAUACCUUUACAGCAAAGAGCAGCAGCUGCAUCCUUGUUAGGCAAGCUUGUGGGGCAGCCAAUGCAUGGUCCUAGGGUGGCUAUAACACUAGCAAGGUUUCUUCCAGAUGGUUUAGUAUCUGUUAUCAGGGACGGGCCUGGUGAAACUGUGGUUGCAGCCCUUGAUCAGACAACAGAAACACCAGAACUUGUGUGGACACCAGCAAUGGCAGCUUCUCUGUCUGCACAAAUAUCAACUAUGUCAUCAGAUCUCUACCGUGAACAGAUGAAAGGCCGGGUCGUCGACUGGGAUAUACCUGAGCAGGCGUCUGGCCAACAGGAAAUGAGAGAUGAGCCACAGGUAGGAGGUAUUUAUGUGAGGCUGUUCCUGAAAGACCCCAAGUUUCCUCUAAGAAACCCGAAGAGAUUCUUGGAAGGGCUGUUGGAUCAGUAUGUUUCAUCCAUUGCAGCUACACACUAUGACAUGCAAAGUGUUGACCCUGAGCUGCCUUUGCUGCUUUCGGCCGCAUUGGUCUCCUUGUUACGUGUGCAUCCUGCACUUUCUGAUCAUGUUGGAUAUCUUGGAUAUGUUCCCAAACUUGUUGCUGCCAUGGCAUAUGAAGGAAGGCGAGAAACAAUGGCAACAGUGGAGACAAAAAAUGGCCAUGCUCCUGAAGAAUUUUAUGGAAAUGAGGAUGGGCAGAUGACACAAACCCCACAAGAACGUGUUCGACUUAGUUGUUUGCGCGUUCUACAUCAACUUGCAGCUAGUACAACUUGUGCUGAAGCUAUGGCAGCUACCAGUGUAGGAACUCCACAGGUUGUUCCGUUGUUGAUGAAAGCAAUUGGAUGGCAAGGUGGUAGUAUACUGGCUCUUGAGACGCUAAAACGUGUUGUUGUUGCUGGAAAUCGAGCUAGAGAUGCACUUGUUGCUCAAGGAUUGAAGGUUGGUCUUGUUGAAAUACUUCUUGGCCUUCUUGAUUGGAGGGCUGGAGGAAAAAAUGGACUUUGUUCUCAAAUGAAGUGGAAUGAAUCUGAAGCUUCAGUUGGACGUGUACUUGCAAUAGAGGUAUUACAUGCAUUUGCAACAGAGGGAGCCCAUUGUACCAAGGUUCGAGAAGUAUUGGAUGCUUCUGAUGUAUGGAGUGCUUAUAAAGAUCAGAAGCAUGAUCUUUUCCUUCCAUCGAAUGCUCAAUCUGCUGCUGCUGGUGUCGCUGGCCUUAUUGAGAAUUCUUCAUCGAGGCUCACCUACACCCUUACUGCUCCAUCACAGCCAUCUGUCGCAAGGCUCCCCUCUUCUUCGAGAGUGGAACCGAGUGGCAAACAGGAUCCGCUGCCAGACUAGAGAAAAGCAUGAAGGCCAUUUUUUUUUUUCUGCCAGGAGCGUACAUCUAUUGGCGGGCUUGCAUAUCAAUAUUCCUUGUACAAUAUACUGUACAGUUUCCUUGUUUUCUUUCCUUUUUCUUGUGUUUUUAAAGGUUCCUAUAAGAAAAGAAAUCAGAGAAAGCCACAGUUCAUUCAUUUCUCAUGCCAUCUGAGGGUUUUUUUUUUUUUUUCCCCUUCUUUUUUUGUAUCUUAACUGUCUAUUAUCAUUCCAUAAUAAGUGAGGUCCUUUGAGUGCAUUUAUACGA